CUGUGUGUAGCCUACAGGGGUGGGGUGUCCAGCGAGUGGUCUCCUCCUCCGGCUAGUGCUGCUGCGGCGUCCCGCGGCCUCCCCGAGAGUCGGGCGGGAGGGGAGAGCGGGUGUGGAUUGGUCUUUACGAACUAAGAUUCCAGAUGGCAAAUUCUAUGAAUGGCAGAAACCCUGGUGGUCGAGGAGGAAACCCCCGAAAAGGACGGAUUUUGGGUAUUAUUGAUGCUAUUCAAGAUGUAGUUGGACCUCCAAAGCAAGCAGCGGCAGAUCGCAGGACUGUGGAGAAAACUUGGAAACUCAUGGACAAAGUGGUCAGACUGUGCCAAAAUCCCAAACUUCAGUUGAAAAAUAGCCCACCAUAUAUACUUGAUAUUUUACCUGAUACAUAUCAGCAUUUGAGACUUAUAUUGAGUAAAUAUGAUGACAACCAGAAACUUGCCCAACUCAGUGAGAAUGAAUAUUUUAAAAUCUACAUUGAUAGUCUAAUGAAAAAGUCAAAACGGGCAAUAAGACUCUUUAAAGAAGGCAAGGAGAGGAUGUAUGAAGAGCAGUCACAGGACAGGCGAAAUCUCACAAAACUAUCCCUUAUCUUCAGUCACAUGCUGGCAGAAAUCAAAGCAAUAUUUCCCAAUGGGCAAUUUCAGGGAGAUAACUUUCGUAUCACAAAAGCAGAUGCUGCUGAAUUCUGGAGAAAGUUUUUUGGAGACAAAACUAUUGUACCAUGGAAAGUAUUCAGACAGUGCCUUCAUGAAGUCCAUCAGAUUAGCUCUGGCCUGGAAGCAAUGGCUCUAAAAUCAACAAUUGAUUUAACUUAUGACUAUAUAUCAGUUUUUGUUGAUAUUUUUACCAGGCUAUUUCAGCCUUGGGGCUCUAUUUUGCGGAAUUGGAAUUUCUUAGCUGUAACACAUCCAGGUUACAUGGCAUUUCUUACAUAUGAUGAAGUUAAAGCACGGCUGCAAAAAUACAGCACCAAACCUGGAAGUUACAUUUUCCGGUUAAGCUGCACUAGGUUGGGACAGUGGGCCAUCGGCUAUGUGACGGGGGAUGGAAAUAUCUUACAGACCAUACCUCACAACAAGCCCUUGUUUCAAGCCCUGAUUGACGGCAGCAGAGAAGGAUUCUACCUUUAUCCUGAUGGGAGGAGUUAUAAUCCUGAUUUAACUGGAUUAUGUGAACCUACACCCCAUGAUCAUAUAAAAGUUACACAGGAACAAUAUGAAUUAUAUUGUGAAAUGGGUUCCACUUUUCAGCUCUGUAAAAUUUGUGCUGAGAACGACAAAGAUGUCAAGAUUGAGCCCUGUGGGCAUUUGAUGUGCACCUCUUGCCUUACAGCAUGGCAGGAGUCAGACGGCCAGGGCUGCCCCUUCUGCCGCUGCGAAAUAAAAGGAACGGAGCCCAUAAUUGUAGACCCCUUUGAUCCGAGAGAUGAAGGCUCCAGGUGCUGUAGCAUCAUUGACCCGUUUGGAAUGCCGAUGCUGGACUUGGAUGACGAUGAUGACCGAGAGGAGUCCUUGAUGAUGAAUCGGUUGGCAAAUGUCCGAAAGUGCACUGACAGGCAGAACUCACCUGUCACAUCACCAGGGUCUUCUCCCCUUGCACAGAGAAGAAAGCCACAGCCAGACCCUCUCCAGAUCCCACAUCUAAGCCUGCCACCUGUGCCUCCUCGCCUGGAUCUAAUUCAGAAAGGCAUAGUUCGGUCUCCCUGUGGCAGCCCAACGGGCUCACCAAAGUCUUCUCCUUGCAUGGUGAGAAAACAAGAUAAACCACUUCCGGCACCACCUCCUCCCUUAAGAGAUCCUCCUCCCCCUCCACCUGAGAGACCUCCCCCAAUCCCACCUGACAAUAGACUGAGUCGUCACUUCCAUCACGUGGAGAGUGUGCCUUCCAGAGACCAGCCAAUGCCUCUGGAAGGCUGGUGCCCACGGGAUAUAUUUGGGACUAAUCAGUCGGUAGGAUGUCGACUCUUAGGAGAUGGCUCUCCAAAGCCUGGAAUCACAGCAAGUUCAAAUGUCAACGGAAGGCACAGUAGAAUUGGCUCUGAACCAGUGCUUAUGCGGAAACACAUACGUCGUGAUUUGCCUUUAGAAGGAUCCAAGGUCUUUUCCAACGGUCACCUGGGAAGCGAAGAAUAUGAUGUUCCUCCUCGGCUUUCUCCUCCUCCUCCAGCUACCACCCUUCUUCCGAGUAUCAAGUGUACUGGUCCAUUAGCAAAUUCUCUUUCAGAGGAAACAAGAGACCCUGUAGAUGAAGAUGACGAUGAAUACAAGAUUCCUUCAUCUCAUCCUGUUUCCUUGAAUUCACAACCAUCUCAUUGUCAUAAUGUAAAGCCUCCUCUUAGGUCUUGUGAUAAUGGUCAUUGUAUACUGAAUGGAACACAUGGUACAUCUUCAGAGGUGAAGAAAUCAAACAUUCCUGAGUUGGGCAUAUACAUAAAGGGAGAUGUUUUUGAGUCAGCCUGUGAUCCAGUGCCAUUACCACCUGCCAGGCCUCCAACUCGGGACAAUCCAAAGCAUGGUUCUUCACUCAACAGGACGCCCUCUGAUUAUGAUCUUCUCAUCCCUCCAUUAGGUGAAGAUGCUUUUGAUGCCCUCCCCCCAUCCCUCCCACCUCCCCCGCCUCCUGCAAGGCAUAGUCUCAUCGAACAUUCAAAACCUCCUGGCUCCGGUGGCUCCGGUAGCCGACCAUCCUCAGGACAGGACCUUUUUCUUCUUCCUUCAGAUCCCUUUUUUGAUCCAGCAAGUGGUCAAGUUCCUUUGCCUCCUGCAAGGAGAUUACCAGGUGAAAAUGUCAAAUCCAAUAGAACAUCACAAGACUAUGAUCAGCUUCCUUCAUCUUCAGAUGGUUCACAAGCACCAGCCAGACCUCCUAAACCACGACCCCGCAGGACUGCACCAGAAAUCCACCACAGAAAACCCCAUGGGCCUGAGGCGGCACUGGAAAACGUUGAUGCAAAAAUUGCAAAACUAAUGGGAGAGGGUUAUGCCUUUGAAGAGGUGAAGAGAGCCUUAGAGAUAGCCCAGAAUAAUGUCGAAGUGGCCCGGAGCAUCCUCCGAGAAUUUGCCUUCCCGCCUCCAGUCUCCCCACGUCUAAACCUAUAGCAGCCAGGAGCAUAGACACCCAGGUGUAGAGCUAUCGGUGAAUAUUCCAGGACUAUGGAAAGGAGAGAAGUGCGGUGGAAUUCAACAAAGAGGGUGUCUCCUCCUCACGUGGCAUCUUGACAGAAAGAGGCUUGGAAAGGCUGCUUCUCAGAAGACAGCUGCUUGCUCAGGAUGUCAGCGACUGCGGCUUCCUUACUUUUGCUAGCCAUACGUUUAAAUCAGGGUCGAACUGACAAAAAUAAUUUAAAGACGUUUACUUCCCUUGAACUUUGAAUCUGUGAAAUGCUUUUCCUUGUUUACAAGUUGACAAAGUUGCAGUUUGUUUUGAGUUUUGUUUUUGGUUUUUUGGGUGGUUUUUCUGUUUGUUUGUUUGUUGUUGUUGUUUUUUUGAUACCUGUACUGUGUUCUUGACGGACCCUUUGUAGAGUGGUCAGGUCUGCUGUAACAUUUCCCACCAACUCCCUUGCUGUCCACAUCAACAGCUGAAUCACAUUCAUUUCAUUUUGAUCUCGCCCAUCACACCCCCACCCUGCCACCCAGGUCCAAUUCCAUUUCUCCCAUUUACAAGAUGCUUUAAGGAUUCUGAUUUUCAACGUAUCAAACUAAUGCAAAAAAAAAAAAAAUGUGUGGCCUUCACUACUGAGUCUUUUUUGGAAACCAUUUGCUUUUGAGAGAUGGGGAAAAUCUGAAUGUAUAAAGCAUUUUUUUUGCCAGUGAACUGCCUUUUGUAAGGGGUUUUCAUAUAAUAUAAAAGAGCUUCCCUUUUUAGUGUAAGUUUGGGGAUCUUUAAUCUUCCAUAUUCUCAUCUUUGUCAUCCCAGGGGUGUCACGACUGUAAAAACCUAAAAUAUUAGAAAGCAACUACUGCAGAUGUGGGAGAAAUACACUUGCACAUGAUAAUGCCUUUUAAAGUUAUAUAAUGAGGUCCCGUGUGCCUGCAUUACUUUUAAGGAUAGUGAAUAAGAGGGCCGUCUCCCUGAAGUAUAUUAAUAAUUUUCAAAUAAAAUUAUGGUCAGACCUCUUCCAAAGUAGAAUAGAGUUCAUUUCCUAUUUGAGUGGUUACUCGGGUCCCUAACAGGUUUAGGAACCAGUUCAUAUUGCAGCAGAAACAUUAAAUCUUUGAUGCACUGUUAAGUGCUAACGCUACUGUGGCAAUGUUUGUUUUGCAAAAUUCUUAAUUUUCUCUCUGCCAUCAAAUUACAGUUCCUAUUUAAUUUUUAGAUUCUCUCAUUGCUUCACAUAGCUCCAUCUAGUCAGGUGAAAGAAAUUUAUAUAGUUUUGCCUUUUUUGCAAAAUGGAGGUUGGUUCUUCAGAAACCGUGUUAAUACUUUUAAUAAAUCUACAAAUAUUUAUUGAGCAUCUAUGAUGUGCUCGGCGCUGUUUUUAAAGCACAAACUGUCGCAAGCUGAUUUCAAUAUAAUGUUUUGUAAUUCUUUAUCUGCACUUUCAAUGGUAAAAGUCUCUGAUGAACAAAACCUGGAAGGUUUUCACCAAAGCUUCAGAAUUUUCAGGCAGUUUUUGCUUUUCUAGUGAGAAGUUAGUGGAGGAAUGAGACAAAACCAGGUCUGUAUAAAAUGUCUGCACCCACAGAAGGUGUUCUGAACAUGGACUUGUGCAGGGUUGUGCAUGUUUCUGCCACUCCUUCCUUCACACACAGUGUGAUAUAAAAAGACACAUCUGAUAGUGAGCCUCUCUUCAGGACUUCAAAGGACAUGACCAAACAUCCAUCAGAUACCACGAAAUGUAAUGCUGUUCAAGACUUGUGUAGUUGCCACGUUGACCUGGGAGGGGAACCGAUGCAUUCCUUUGCAAAGCGACACAUGCCCUUGACAGUUUUGCUAUAAUGAUACGAGGUACUUGAAGAGUCAGGCCUUGGAUAGUUUGUGCUUGUGUUUUAAUUUCUUCAGGUGAUUCUGAGCUGAUUAAUGUCCCUGGAAGGGAAUUUUUAAUUUGCCUUAGAUGUUCUCCCUGUGAGUUAGAGAUAUGAGUGCAGUUUUGUUUUGUUUUGUUUUUUCACACAUUUUAAAAUUAUAUUGGCUAAUUCUCCAUUGCUUUAUGAACUCCAUGUUAUAUCAUCAUGGUUUUUCACUUGUUUUAUCAGUUUCUGAUGUCACGUUGGAAUAGCACUGUAUAUUUUGGCUUUUUUAUGACUUGCUGAUCACAGGUACAGUCUAAAAGCCAAAAGUUGCCACUUUAUUGUGAUAACAUUGUUAUGAUAGACUUAAUAGAUUAGGGAAUGAUGUAAAAUACAAAUGUUACAAAACAGUACACUCUUAUUCAAUUUUCAAAUAAUGUGUGAAGAUUCUCCAGUGAGAAUUAGAAGGACGAUGAUACAAUAAAUUUAGACCUGAAAAAUAUUUUUAAAUCUAUUUUGCAAAGAACACCUACUAGCCUCCACCAAAAUCUCUCUGCAUCUUGUACUCAAUGGCAACCAUUAGUUUAUCAUUAAAAACAAUGAAUCAAACACUUGUACAGAAUGAAACGGAAAGAGGGAAAGUCUCUAUCAAACACUGUCAUGAAAAACCCAUUGCUACCCAUUACCUAUGACUUACCAAACUCAAAGAAAAAAAUUUAAGGAGAUAAUUAAAAAUAUUUUUACUUAUAACAGUGACUGCCCGUUAAUGGUUGGAAAUGAUCCAGACUUGGUUUCACUGUGAUCCAAAAAGUUAGACAUUCCUCUUGUUUCUCAAGACUGGGUAAUAGGAUUAUUUUUUAAGCCAGUAUGCUAUAUAAUCCCUAAUAAUUAAAACAAAUCAUGACUAACAUUAACCUCCCCCACCCCGCAACAUGUCCUGGGAGUAGAAGUACUUAUGCUCAAUGACAGUCAAGCAAGUGAAUCUCCAUAAACUUUCUCCCCCUUGAUGUUGUCUGCAAGAUCCCAGCCAAAUUUUCUGGAAUUGAAUCAGAUUAGUGCUUAUGGUUAACUUGAACUCUUUCCACAAAGAUGACCCUAUCCAUUUCCUUUGCCCACAUUGCAAAUAAUCUUAAUAAUAGAGCCCUAAUUGCAACUUCCAACGGCCCAUUUGCUAACAUUUCACACAAAAGAAUACUUGCAAAGAUUUCAUAAUGUGAAUUUUUUCUUUUUCAGUUCCAGAAGCAUUUCCUACAGUUUGGACAUUAUUUUUCCUCUCAGAUUUUCAACUUGAAGCUUUAAUUUGCACUGAACUAUCUAACCUGGUUAAAAUUUUGAUUAUUUCUCUUAAGCUGAUUUGGAAGCAAAUUGCAGUAUGUUUUCAACAAUACAGGUACUGCCUAUUAACCUGGAAUUUUAGUGCUUCUAGCAAAAGUUUCCAGAAAAAGACAGCAAUAGAGUGAAGGGUUUUCUUCCCCAUUACUAUUUUAUUUUUUUAAAUGCCUUUUUAAAACUUGUCUGAUGUGGCAAAAUAGUUAUGUGUUCAAUUAAUUUAUAUUUUAUUCAUCCUUUUUCAAUUCUGGUUAUUAUGUAAAUUCAAGUACUUUAUCUGUUCUUUUAAGGUAUUUUAUAAAAUGAAUUAACUAAAUGCAGAGUUGGUAUUUUAUUUUUCAAAUGAACACAACAUUUCUUUCAGAGCAUUUCUAUGUUGUAAUUUUUCUUCUUCAUGUUAAGCAAAAGACAUUUAAGAGCUAAGUGGACCAAAUAAUGCAAAGUACCCACCCCAGAUGAUUUAUCAAAUACCAAAACCAUAUCAUUUGAAGAUAACUUGUAUAGUCAAGCUACUCCCAUGUGUUAGAAUUGAAAGUCUAAGUUAUAUUAAGGUACCAAGUAGGAAAUACCAUAUCUGGGAAAGGCUGAAUGAUGACAUACCAUAAAAUUGAUAACUCCUAAUCAGCAGUAACAUCUGUUCUCUAAAAUUGAUUUUUCUAAUCAUUUGUUACUGGCCAGUAUGGAGUGGGAAGAGAACAAUGGAGAUAAAAACAAUGUGAAGAACUACUUGUAUAUCAAGAACCAUAACAGAAUGUUGUGAAAGCGAUUGGUACAUGCAAAAUCCCAUGCUUAGUAAAAUUAUACCCUUAAAGCACUUACAGUUAAAUGGGAG